GGAGACAAGGAGGGGGGUCUGACUGCUGCCUGCAGAAACCUGAUCCUGCACUGGGCCCUUUAAAGGAAUAUGGGAUGAGUCUGUUGAAUGGAGGAGCCGAGAGAGUGAGGAGUAAAGGAGUUCCUACUCCAGUCUGCUGUGCUUCCAGCAGAGACACGGCAGAAGGACAGCGGUCGGGGACAGGGACAGAGACAGAGGGGGACGCGGCGCCGCAUUUAAACACUCAGAGAAAGACUGAAACUUUGGCGAAAUGAAUGAGCGGUGAGAGGGAGCAGGAGUGAGGAGGAGAAAAUCGACGGAGCGGAGAGGAAGUUAUGAACCCAGCUGCGCCGGUUUACGGUGGACGGUGUCCGUGAGAGGAGAAGGUCGAGCGGGGAGCGAGAGUCGACACUAGUCACAAGUCCGAAGCAAAAUUUUGAAUCGCUGCCAUGGCGGACGUGCUGGGGAGCGGCGGGUCAGGAGCUGUCGCAGCGGCCAGUGUGGAUUGGCAGAAACGCUGCAUGGCUUUGGAGAUGCAGCUGCUGAGGUUUCGGCUACAGGCAGGGAAAAUCAGAGAGCUGCUGGCAGAGAAGAUGCAGGAGCUGGAGCAGAGGGUGGUGGAGGCCGACCAACGAGCUGAGAGCGCUGAGAAACAGAUCCACGUCAUGGAAGAAAAGCUGAAGUCUGCAAACAUUCAACCCAGUGAGUCGGAGAGCUCGCUGUACAGAAAGUACCAAGACCUGAGCAGUCAGGUCCAACAGAAGGAUGCUGUGAUCAAGAGGUUAGAGACGCAGCUGGAAAAACAGAUCUUAGUCAGAGCCCAGGAGGCAAAGAUUAUUGAGGAGAAGGCUGCCAAGAUUAAAGACUGGGUCACCUGGAAGCUCAGAGAGAUGGAGCAAGAGAACCAGCAGCUGAAAAUGACCAACGUCAAACAGACGGAGCAGAUCGUGCUGCUGCAGGACAAACUCCAAUCUCUCUUGGAGAAGCCUGCGUCCUCAGGUUCUCCUGCCACCUCCCCCGUCAUGGAUACCCACCUGGUGCCCAGCAGCCCCCUGUUUCCUCCCAGCUGCCCUGGCACGCCGCCUGCCCAGGAAGACAGCUGGAGACAGGCUGUUCCUCGGGGACUAGUCUGUAAUAUCAAGAGCCCACAGACAGACGGGAAAAGGCCUCACGAACAGGUCAGCGUAGGAAUUUCCCUCGGGGACCUGGCGCAAGAAGCCAAUUUUCACUUUCGACUUUUUUUUCCGUUUCCACAGGAGAGUCGUAUCUACGCUGUGGCCAAGUCAGGAAUGAGGGUUUCUGAGGCCGGUCCUGGAUCCAGGGGCCCAGGACGAGGCUCUGCUUCACCUCAGUAUCCUGCAGCAGGUCCAUUCACUCAGCUGAUCUACAAGAACAUUAAUGUUCCAGUCUACACCACACUGAAGGGGAAAGCCACUCAGAUCAGCAGUGUGCCGCUGCCUGACGACGACUCGGGGUCAGAGGACGACAGCAGCUCUCUGGCCAGUUUACGGACAUCCACGCUGAGCCCGGAGAGGAAGGGCAGCGUCCCAGGGAGUCCACGUGCGGUCAAGAGAGGUGUGUCCAUGUCCUCCAUCAGCUCUGAAAGCGACUAUGCCAUUCCUCCUGACGCCUAUUCACUGGACAGUGACUACUCUGAGCCAGAGCAUAAAGUCCAGAGAACCUCCUCCUACUCCUGUGAAAGUACUGGAUCUGAGAUGCUGGAGAAAUCUGGCUACCUGCUGAAGAUGGGCAGUCAGGUCAAGGCCUGGAAGCGUCGUUGGUUCAUCCUCAGGAAUGGAGAGAUUCUCUACUACAAAUCUCCUAGUGACGUGAUCAGGAAACCUCAGGGUCAAAUUGAGCUCAACUCUUCCUGUCGGAUCAUACGGGGAGAAGGAGCACAGACGUUUCAAUUGAUCACAGAGAAGAAGACCUUCUACCUAACUGCUGAUUCACCCAACAUCCUGGAGGAGUGGAUCAGGGUUCUGCAAAACAUACUCAAGGUCCAGGCCAGUAGUCCGCUCUGUGUGGAGACCAUGGCCAAGCCCACAGUCAGAGGCUGGCUCACAAAGGUCAAACAUGGACACUCCAAACUGGUCUGGUGUUCCCUGGUUGGGAAAAUCUUCUACUACUAUCGCAACCAGGAGGACAAGUUGCCUCUGGGUCAGCUGCAGAUGAGGGACGCCUCGGUGCAGGAGGUGGACCGAUCAUGUGACUCCGACGAGGACUAUGAAGCAGGAAGUCGUGGUUUUCUCUCCUCCCACUGCACCUUAGUGGUGCAGCCCAGAGAGCAGAGUCCUACGUACCUGCUGAUCGGCACCAAGCAGGAGAAGGACACCUGGCUGUAUCACCUGACGGUGGCUGCUGGCAGCAGUGCUAACUUCCAGGUGGGCACAGAAUAUGAGCAGCUGGUUGGAAAACUCCUUGAUGCAGAGGGAGACCCAGACUCGGCCUUAUGGAGGAGCGGGGCCUUGAGCUUCUGUAAGGACGGCCUCCGUUCUCCUCUCACCACUCUCCCCUCGGAGGCUCUGCAGACAGAAGCUCUCAAACUGUUCAAGUCCUGUCAGCUCUUCAUCAACGUGUUGGUGGAGUCUCCGUCCAUCGACUACCACACCUCCCUGGCCCAGAAUGCACUGCAGGUGUGUCUGACUCACCCGGAGCUGCAGAAUGAGAUGUACUGUCAGCUGAUUAAACAGACCAAUCAGAGGACACCGAACAAUUACUCACUCACACAGUGCUGGCAGCUGUUGUCUCUGUGUGUGGCGCUGUUUCUACCUCAGCAACAUUUCCUCUGGUACCUGAGGCAAUAUCUGCAACGCAACGCUGAUCCGAGGAGUGAAGUGGGAAAGUACGCCGUGUACUGUCAGAGGUCUGUGGAGAGAACGCUGCAGAACGGAGAGAGAGAAGCCAAACCCUCACGGAUGGAGAUCGUCUCCAUCCUGCUGAGGAACCCCUACCAUCACUCCCUGCCCUUCAGCAUCCCAGUCCACUUCAUGAACAACACAUAUCAGGUUGUGGGCUUUGACGGCUCCACCACAGUGGAAGAAUUCCUAAACACUCUGAACCAGAGGAUCGGGAUGAGGAAACCUCACCUGUCUGGUUUCGCCCUCUUCACUGACGAUCCCUCUGGUAAAGACCUGCAGCACUGUCUACAGCCGUCUGCCAAGAUCUGUGAUGUCAUUUCCAAGUGGGAACAGGCUCUGAAGGAGCUGCACCCUGGGAAAAACGAGGGGACGAGGAUCGUUCGACUGACGUAUAAGAACAGGCUGUGUUUCAAAUUUCAGGUGAAAGGAGAGACAGAGAGAGAGCGCCUCCUGCUGGCAUACCAGGUGAACGACGAGGUUCAGCAAGGCCACUUCCCUGUGAACAAAGAGCUGGCUCUGGAGGUGGCUGCACUAUUGGCUCAGGUUGAACAUGGUGACCUGGAGCGACCUCCUGCCUCCUCUCCUUCCAGUUCUCCUCAGUCUAAAUCUCAGAUGAUCCUCCUGCAGGCCUUGGAGCGCUUCUACCCCAGACGCUACAAACAGGACUGCAGCUCAGAGCAGCUCAGAGAGCUGACUGAGCGACUGGCCACUAAGUGGUCUCUGCUGCGUGGGUGCAGUGCAUCCGAGUGUGUGAGAAUAUACCUGACUGUGGCCCGGAAGUGGCCGAUGUUUGGGGCCAAACUCUUCAGUGCUAAGCCUGUCCCUCCCUCCUCCCUGGAGCAGAGUCAGGUUUGGUUGGCAGUCACUGAGGAUGGACUGUGUGUGCUGGACUACACCAUGCAUACGCUGCUGACCUUCUCCUACCAGUCUGUCAUCACCUUCGGGGGCUGCAGGGACGAUUUCAUUGUGGUAAGCAGCCAGCAGAGGGAGCCUGGAGUCGGCAAGAAGAGCGUGGAGAAGCUGGUCUUUGGAAUGGCUAAACCAAAGAUCCUGGAGCUGACUCUGCUCAUGGCCAGUUACAUCAACCACUGGAACCCCAGCCUCCCGCCCGCCUCCAACCAGCCGCCCGGCCACUGGGACGUGGACAGCAGACACUUCCCAGCCAUGAGCUACACGACCAAAGGUCCGACGCUACUGUGACGUCUGCAGGGCUGAACCAAAGACUGUGUCAACACGGGGACGUCCACUCCUCCUCCGCCUGGAGGGAAUGUCAGAGGAUUUAUAUUCUGGUAGAACAGGUACGGGAAAAAAGAACUUCUUUUUCAGGUUUGUUUUCCAUUGCAAUAUUUCCUGUGAGACUUUUAAUCUGUAAAGUAAAGAGUGAGUUUCAGUUUGAAAUGACUGUCGAGCGCCUCCCAGCUUCACUUUGAAAAUGAAAAACAAAUGAAUGACAGAAAUGUGUUUGAUAUAUUGGGAUUGAAACCCAAAAUAACAUUUUUGCAAAAAUAUAAUGGAAAAAUAUACAUUUUUGCUAUUUUCUUAAAUGAACUGUAAUGUCUAAUCACAUUAUUACCAUUAUUACUAGUUUUAUCCUUGAAACAGAAUUGAAACUUAAAAAUUACUUUUUUUUUUCCUUGAAACUUUUAAGACAUUCGGCAGUUUGACGUUUGGAUCUGUGUGUUUUUUUUAUGAACAGUUUUAAACGCAGCAGAGGAAAAAAGGAAGAUGUUCUCAAAAAGAUAAAUAUAAAAUGACUUGAACUGAGAAACUGUUUUGGAUCAAACCACUGUCGUGCUCGAGUCCUUAUCAGUAAUUUAUUGUUUGGUUUUGAUUUUCUCUCUUUGUCUUUUGGUACGAAAACAAAAAUAAAUAAAUAAAUAAAAAAAUCUCACCGGUGUCAGGUUUGGGUGGAAUAAUUUAAGAGUCUGUUACAAUAACUGUACUACGAAGUACCUGUAAGACGUCUGUACUGAACUGUAUGAGGGUGUGGAAAUAAAAUACAUGGUACUUUC